AUGGCCUCUCGCAUCUCCCGCCGAUUCCUCUCCACCACCGCCCGCCGCUUCCAGGAGCACCAGAAGGCCGAGCUCAAGAAGGAGUCUCGUCGCAACCCUGAGAUUCUGAUGGAUGAUUUGCAGAUUCUCGGUGGUGUUAUGGUUGCUGCCCUUGGCGGUGCCGGCUACUUCUUUGGCCGAUCUCCCACCGGCGCUACCUCCGAGUCUCCCGUCACCAUCGCUACUCACCCCUGGGAGAGCGGUAGCUCUGGCAAGUACCAGUACCACCCCGGUGGUGACCCCAACGCAGCCCCCAAGGACGCUCCCAGCGCUCUCAACGUUGUCGUCGUUCCCAACGUUACCCUUCCCGCCGAGCUUCACGAAAAGUACAACAAGUGGGGCAAGGACGGAUAUCCUUAA